CUUCGCCACAAACCAAAGGAGAGUGCAAUAUUAAUCACUCAUUGUACAUUCCUAUUCCUAGUGCGUGACCAUAUAUAUGGCUAGGUGGUGUGUCAUGGUGAUGCUUCUUGCUCUGGCUGUGGCCACCAGUGCCAGAAAUGUGCCCAACGAUGCUGGUCUCAAGGACCAGAAAAACUUCAUCGGCUAUGGUGGUGUUGGUGGCUAUUCUGGAGUUGGAGGCAACGGACUACCUUUUGGAGGAGUUGGUGCCGGAGUAGGUGGUGGUUUUGGUGGUGGACUUGGUGGUGGCCUUGGAGGAACCUCCGGGAUAGGUGGAAUCGGGGGAUUCGGUGGUACCGGAGGUGGACUUGGUGGCGGUUCUGGUAUUGGGGGUGGUGUUGGUGGCGGCGUUGGAACCGGCCUUGGUGGUGGCGGCACUGGUGUUCUUCCUUUCCCUUGAGUUCCAUCAACGUACGUGUGUGCAUGCAUGCAUGCAUGGCUUCUUCACGUUUCUUUGGAUUACCCUAGUCUUUCUUUUAUUCGUCCAAGAAAUAAGUGUGGCUUAAUUUAUGUAGGUGUCGUUAAUCGUCCAGGCAUUAUUCUAGUUUCUUCCUUAUAUUUUCAAAGUAAAAAAAAUAGUAGUACAUCUUGUAGUGUGUACGCCUUUGUUUAGGUUUUGUGUCGAGUGUCAAGUGUCAAGCAUAGCAGUCAUAUAUACACGCGGUUCUUUUAUGGAAUAUUCAUAUUUAGCUUGGAAGUAAUGUAAUCAAUAUAUGAGUUCAAUUUAAUGCUAGCUACUUCCUUUUUGGGCGCACACA